CAAUACUCAAAAUGAAUGGUAUUUGUCCUAUCAUUGAUCUUAAAUGUGAAUUCUGCGACUGCUGCGGUAUUUCGUGCCAAUCUCGAUUUCCAGGGAUGAAGGUGGUAUGGCCAGAACUAAAAGGAGUAAGUGGGCCUGUAGCCAAGAGAAUAAUAGAACAUGACAAUCCACAUGUUACUUGUGUUAUAAUCACUGAAAAUACUGGUGUGAUACAAGUCUGUUGCUGUAACCGUGUCAUUCUAGUAGUUCCCGUCGCUAACUGUCCCAACGGCCUUGUCCUUAACAGUCCUCAAAUCGGAUGAUGAUGUCGUGUAGUUCUUCUGCAUGAUUCAGUUUGAUCUUUGUUUCGGUGAUUUUCAAUUGUUUUAGUGAUUUUCAAUAAGUUGUUCUGUUUUCUCCAAUCAACAAACCUAUUUUGUUGAACCUGUUUUUUUUUUUGGAUCAUGAUUAUGUUUAAUCUUUAAU